AUGAUAAGAAAAAUCAACCUGCUGCUAGAGCCCUUAAAGUACCUGAAAAUCCAACAAAACUUUGAGGCUCGAUUAAUAUCAACCACGGUAAAUUUAUUCAAUGAAUCCACCGCAGAACGACCUGCCACUUCUGUGGCCAACAUAAAAUCGAAAAACACCCUAAACAAAGCAAUGAAAUCCUAUUUAGAACGAGCUCAGCAGCACGAUGAAUUCAUGAAAACUGAAAAGCACCAAUUUGAAAUUGGCAAGAGACAUUUGGCCAAUAUGAUGGGAGAAAACCCCGAGACUUUUACCCAAGACGAUAUAGAUAAUGCUAUAGAGUAUUUGUUCCCAAGCGGGUUGUACGAUAAAAGAGCUAGACCUCUUAUGAAGCCUCCAGAAGAAGUUUUUCCUCAAAGGAAAGCAGCUGAGUUUGAUGAGACUGGCAGGCCUUAUCACUUUUUGUUUUAUACAGGGAGGCCCAAUUUAUACCAAGUUUUACAUGAUACAGUAGAAAAAAUAAAUGAACUAAACAACUUUGAGGACACCAUGAUAAGAAAAAACCUUCAACCCGAUCCAAACUUAGCCUUAGAAUUAUCUGGUUCUCAAUGGCUGGAUAAGAACACCUUGGAACAGAAAUUGGUAGAACCAGUGAGCGAUGGAGAAUAUAGCAAUUUUCUCAAAGCAAUGGACCGAUUAUGCAGUUUGCCCUAUUCGCACAAAGCCAAAGAUUUCAUCAUGGAAUACCGUAAACCUUUGAUGAGCAAUUCGGAAGCUUUCGACGUUAUUAAACCGCAAAUCGGGCCAGAUGGGAGACAAUUUGUGACAACUUAUGAAUGUCGCCGCAAAAGAGCUAUUGGCAAUGUAACAAUUAGGUUUCCAGGAACUGGAAAAAUUAGUAUAAAUGGCCAAGAUAUUAACUAUUUCAAAGGUAUUCAACAAAGGGAACAGCUUCUAUUUCCUCUAAUUUUCACAAACAUGCAAAGAAAAGUCGACAUUGAAGCGGAAGUCCAAGAUGGAGGUGAAUCAGGCCAAGCUGGAGCCAUCAGAUACGGUAUCGCUUGGGGCCUAAGAAGCUUCAUCGACCAAGAAUACAUUGAAAAUAUGAGAUUGGCUGGUUUGUUGACUCCAGACUUUAGAAUAAGGGAGAGGAAGAAGCCCGGUCAAAAAGGUGCCAGAAAGAAGUUUACAUGGAAGAAACGUUAG